UAGCUGUAAGCACCCAGAAUGAAAGGAAGGAACUGCCCCAACUAGCUGGCUGUAAGCGCCCAGAAUGAGAGGAAGGAACUGCCCCCACUAGCUGUAAGCGCCCAUAAUGAAAGGAAGGAACUGCCCCAACUAGCUGUAAGCGCCCAGAAUGAGAGAUCCACAGAGACAGAAGGAAAGAAAUUAAAAGAAGAAGAGAAAGAAGAUGUGAUAGAGACGGUCAAAGGUCAGAGAACAGGCAUGAUCAUUGACCUACACCGCACAGUAGGUCAAUUAGAAACGGAGGAUGGUAGAAGGUUAUUCUUCAACAGUAAACAAUGUUACCUUUAUGGGAUCUGUUUGAAGGAUGUGGAACUCUGGCAUAUAUUAUCUAUUGGAUUGGAUGUAGAAUAUGAUGAAGGUCGCAGAGGUGUUAACAGCGUGUGGAUUGGUCAGCCGUUAGAGUCGACUGAACUCCGUCUCGCUAUUGAGAACUGGUGUGAUGAGAAUAACGUGCCCUCAUCUUCAACUGAGGCCCUG